AAUAUUUUGAAGUAUUCAAUAAACAAAACUAUACCCUAAGUCAAGUGAAGUGAAGUGAAGUGAAGUAGGAUUCCCAACUCAAUAACAAAUUUAUUAAUUUUGGAUAUAAUUAAUUAAUUAAUAUAACACGUACCAAAACAUGGAUAAAAUACAACUAAAAGACCUGGAUAUUAGUCUGGAGGGCAACAAACGGAAUUACAUGCCCGGCGACACAGUGAAUGGUACGGUGAGCUUCACAGUAACCGGUGGCCGAAUGGAGGUGUCCAAGGUGAGAAUCGCGCUAACAUGCCAGACUAAAACAAGCUGGGUCGAAAACCCUGGUCUACGUCAUCACAGGGAAGGCCAUACUUAUAGCGACCAAAAGACAUACAUUUACUUUGUCUAUAGAAUUCCCGAUCAAUCAUUAAAACACCUUGAACCUGGCAAGCACCAAAUACCCUUUGAUUUUAAACUGCCCGUUGAGGACAUUGCGCCAUCGUACGAGAGUGACCACGGAGUGAUUGAAUACUAUGUGGAAGUAACCAUCGAUGAGACCACUGUGGACGAAGUGCAGACGGUUAAGACGGGGAUCACAGUACAGGCUCCCAUGCGAAACAAUUUGCACGUGUCGGUCGACGGCACCGUUGAAAAGGUGUUCACGUUCCCCAGCGUUGGAGUUGGAUCGAUCAAAAUGUACGCUAGCGUUGUGAAAAAAGGGUUUGAAUCAGGACACUCUAUAGAAGUGGACUGCUUUAUAUGGAACAGGUCGAGUCUGGACGCGACACCCCGGGUCACGCUAUACCAGACACAGGUCUACAUGUGUGGCGAACGGCAUAAGGCAGUGGAUGUGGCCCUCACGGACGCCCUCGUGGGUCAGGUGAUUAAGGGUAGUGCCACGGGUAUGGAAUCAUUUGUACUGGGUAUUCCCCAGGGCCUACCCCUGUCGUUCAAAAGUAGCUUGAUCACAGUGAAAUACUUUGCGCACUUGACCCUGGACAUACCGUACGCCAUUGAUCUGCACAUAAACUUACCGAUUGUUAUCACUACAAAAGAGGCGCUAAAUAACGAAAUAAUAAUAACUUGAACUAAUAAUUUGAACUUGUUCA